ACCGACGCCAUUUUGAAUGUAGCCUUAAAAUGGCAGAAAAUGCAGAGGAGAGGCGGAGAGGUUCGCGAGGGUUUUUGUGUUUAAACGUGAACGAAAACUUUCGUCUGUUGUUUCCUCGAAGACCGAGCAUUAAGAGAGACUGACCGAGACACAUGCGGGGAAAAUGGAUAUAACGACUGCGGUGUUUAACGCGGCGAGAGACGGUAAACUGAAACUUAUCCAGAAGUUGCUGAGCAACAAAACUCCGGAGGAGUUGGAGGCGCUCGCCGAGGAGAAGACGCAGGGGGGUACGCCGCUCCUGGUCGCCUCUCGGUACGGACAUUUGGAAGUGGUGAAUUAUUUGCUUGAAUAUUGCAAGGCUAACGUAGAGCUCGGGGGUUCGGUGAAUUUUGAUGGCGAGACGAUUGAAGGAGCUCCGCCGCUCUGGGCGGCUUCUGCCGCGGGGCAUUUGCCGGUUGUGAAAACUCUUUUAAAACACGGUGCCUCUGUGAAUAACACCACCCUCACCAACUCCACUCCCCUGCGCGCUGCCUGCUUCGAUGGACAUCUCGAAAUCGUGCGUUACCUCGUCGAACACCACGCCGACAUGGAGGUGGCGAACCGCCACGGGCACACAUGCCUCAUGAUCUCUUGCUAUAAAGGGCACCGAGAAAUCGCCAAGUUUCUGCUGGAGCGCGGCGCUGACGUGAACCGAAAGAGCGUGAAAGGGAACACUGCGCUGCAUGACUGCGCUGAGUCUGGGAGCCUGGAGAUCAUGAAAAUGCUGCUGAAGUGCAAGGCUAGGAUGGAGAGAGACGGCUACGGUAUGACCCCACUGCUGGCCGCCAGCGUUACCGGGCACACGAACAUCGUAGAGUACCUCAUCCACCAGCCCAGAGCUACGAGAGAGGAGUGCAUUGAUGCCUUGGAACUCCUGGGGGCAACUUACGUAGACAAGAAGCGCGAUCUGAUGGGCGCCAUGCGCUACUGGAGAAGAGCAAUGGAGCUCCGACAAGCAGGAGAUAGAGCGGACUUCCUGGCCAAGCCACCUCCUGGCCCACCUGUUCCGGCGUACGACUGCGCCCGGGAGGUGAACACGUCGGAGGAACUGGAGGCCCUGAUCACCGACCCUGAUGAAAUGCGCAUGCAGGCGCUCCUGGUUCGAGAGCGCAUCCUGGGCCCUUCGCACCCAGACACGUCUUACUACAUACGCUACCGGGGUGCUGUCUAUGCCGACUCUGGAGACUUUGAGCGUUGUGUAAGCCUGUGGAAAUAUGCACUAGACAUGCAGCAGAGCAACCUGGACCCACUGAGCCCCAUGACGGCCAGCAGCUUUUUGUCAUUCGCAGAACUUUUUAGUUUUGUCCUCCAAGACCGUGCGAAAGGUGCACCAGCUGCCCGCGUCGCCUUCCAUGACCUGAUGGGCGUCCUGGCUAAGGGCGUGCGUGAGGUGGAGCGUGCAGUGGCACAGCGGGAUAAUCAGCCUGAUGCGGCGCAGUUCACUAAAGCCCUGUCCAUCAUACUCCACCUCAUAUUCUUGUUAGAGAAGCUGGAGUGUAGCCCAUCACAGGAGCACCAAAAGAAGCAGAGCGUGUACCGGCUAUUAAAGCUGAACCCGAGGGGCCGGAAUAGCUUCACGCCGCUGCACAUGGCUGUGGAUAAGGACACGACAGCGGUGGGCCGUUACCCAGUGGGGCGUUUCCCUUCUCUGCCUGUGGUUGCGCUGCUGCUGGAGUGUGGCGCCGACGUAGACUCGCGUGACUCUGACAACAACACGCCUCUUCAUGUGGCGGCCCGUAACGGCUGCCCCAAACUGAUGACGCUGCUGGUGCACUCUGGAGCACACUUUGACGCAACUAAUGCACAACGCAAGAUGCCUUACGAGCUGCUGGAGGAGGCGGGAGGAGCAAGGCAUUCAUUGCACCCUCUUAGCCAUGUCACGCUGCAAUGCCUGGCUGCCCGUGCUGUCGAGAGACACAGAGUGCCCUACAAGGGGCUUGUUUCUGAGGAAAUGGAGGCCUUCAUCGAGCUCCACUGAUCUUACCUCAAAAUCCUAAAUUGACUCCAGGUUCAGACCACGUCCUCUGAACAACUUCCUGAACCUGUCUCCUCUCGUCUCUAUGUCAGGUCUCGCUUGUUUCUGAGGACCAUCUUGAUGGAAUGGAGGCCUUUACGUUGCACUGACAUUACCUCACCAUCCUCCCUGUCUUCCUGCUCCACCUGACCGUAGCCGCUCUCUUUAUCAGGCAGAAUGAAUCUUAAGCCUCAUCACCACUUCCUCAGGCUUCAUCACAGCAAUAAUCCCAGGCUAAUAAUCACAAACAGGGAAAGGUUGUGUGUGCUCGUUUAUACGCACCUUCUCUUUUCCUCUGCUUUGUAAGGGCUUGUUGAAGAAAAAAAAAUAAAAGAACAGAGACUUUUUGAUGCUCUAGAGUACUAUUUGAAGGGGAAAGACUUUGUGUUUGAUUCAGGCUUUAUUUGUAAUCUGCCUUUUUUCUCCUUUUUUUUUCACCCCUGCCUCUUUUUUUUUUUUUUUUUAAGUUCUGUUUUAUUCCACUGCGAGCAGGAAGCGAGCAAUUUACACCUGUUUGUAUUUAUGUAUAAUGUUAAAAAUGGUGACAGGGUGGAUUAAGGCAAGGUUGAAAAUCUGCAUUAUAAUUAGCAACGAUGCACUUCACUUGACUGGCUGUAAGUGUGUAAGAGAAUGAAGUGUGAUUUAAUUUAGUCGGUUUGUGCAUGCUUAUUUUGUAAUGCAAGAGCAACAUUCACAUCAGUAUUGAUUAUCAGACAUUUCGAUCUGAUUAUGUUCUUUCACCAAAUCUUACAAAAUACGAUGUGGUUCUGAUAACGUCCCCCUGUUAUAAUAUCAAAGCUGUAGGCCUUUAGGCUGAUGCCUCUUGUGCCAAAUAAUAGCCUUAAGUUUCUAUCGAUAUGAUGGAUUUUGCUUCUAAAGCACUAAGUACUAAUUUGUUUUGUGCUCUGAACAAACAGUACUAAUGUGGCUAGCAAUGAAUGAAAGCCACUGUUGCCGUGCUGAUGAGGUCAUGCUAACUGCGGACAUUAACGUCUGUUUAUUCUUAGCCACAUCGGCGUAGUAUGGUUGAAUUGUCCCUUGUACAAGCGUAGCUAAGUGGGUGGACGGAGGGAUCGCGGAACAUCUGCGGUAUGUUUUGCACUUCAUCAACCACACAAGAGCAGGAGAGAUACUGGCCUCUGGGGCUUUUCCCUUCGUACAAUUCUUCUAACAUUUAGGACUUGGCACUUUACCCAGUACGAGACGUCUGGGGUAACCACUGAUAUCUAUGCAGUUUUAUCAGCAAAAGUGGAUUUACGCAGAAAGAUCUGGCAACCCCGGGUCUGUUCAAAGUAGAACAGCCAGCUCAACUUGUACAACUUUUAUUGCAGUCUUAUUUCUGAUUGUCCUGUCUGUUUAUGUCCGCAUGCUGGUUUCACUGUAAAUCCUAUCCGAAUGAAAGCACUUUGAAACAUGCUAACACUACUUAGCGUCUAAAGCAAAGGUCCUGUCUCAGAUUUGUGACAGGUGUGAUUAAUUUAAGUUCAUUGGGUUUGGAGAUGCCUGAAUAAAAUUCAAGUAUCACAUCUGGGUU